CCUCAAGAAUCUUUGGAAAAUACCCUUUAGCCUUUAGCUUUGGGUUAAAUCAAUCAAAUAGAAAGAGCAGUAAAAAAAAGCAAAAGAAAAAUACACACCAAAAAGAGGUAUGGAGGAGAAUAAAGCGGUGAAUUCCAGGUUCAAAAGGGUUUGCGUCUUUUGCGGAAGUAGCACCGGCAAGCGAAACUGCUAUCGUGAAGCUGCCCUUGAGCUGGGCAAAGAGCUGGUCUCCAGGAGGUUGGAUCUUGUUUAUGGUGGAGGAAGUGUCGGGUUGAUGGGAUUGGUUUCUCAGGAGGUCCACCGUGGUGGAGGACAUGUCUUAGGAAUUAUCCCCAAAACUCUGAUGAGAAAAGAGAUAACAGGGGAAACAGUAGGAGAGGUCAAACCUGUUGCGGACAUGCACCAAAGGAAGGCUGAGAUGGCCCGCCAUUCUGACUGUUUUAUCGCCUUACCAGGUGGAUAUGGAACUCUGGAAGAGUUAUUAGAAGUCAUAACAUGGGCCCAGCUUGGAAUCCACGACAAGCCUGUUGGCUUGAUUAAUGUGGAUGGCUACUACAAUUCUCUGCUCACCUUCUUGGACAAAGCCGUGGAUGAUGGAUUCAUCAGACCAUCCCAACGUAGUAUUGUUGUCUCCGCUCCGACUGCAAGAGAACUUGUCCAAAAACUGGAGGAAUACGUGCCACUGCAUGAUGGAGUUGUUGCUAAGGCAAGGUGGGAGGCUGAACAAUUGGAGCUGAAUUCAUCUUUGCAAUUUGAAAUUGCUCGUUAAAAAGAGGACAAAGGUCUCUCUUUCGUUAGUUCUUUACUUUUCUUUUCUUUUUUUAUGGUUUUUCCGAUCAGCAAAUGUAACUAUGCAACUAGCUAGGGUUCCUCCUUUCAAGUUUUGUAUGUACCGUGUUACUCUAGGAUAGAAAGGAGAAAAAAUCCUUGGUAUAAAAAGGAAAAACAAACAUUGUUAGGUGGCUGUUAACUCCUUGUGUUGGAUGAAAACGGCAAGUAGCAAGUGGUGUUUGCUUUGUCAUAAUGCCAAUCUGUAAAAGUUACAGGAAAAGAACACGAAGGAAAAACAAAAAAAAAAAAAAAGGUGUUUUUUAUUC